AUGCCUAUCAGCAAGAAAGACCGCGUCCGCAAGGAGCAGAAGAAGGCCGACGCAGCAGGAACUCGUGCUCCAGUCCUGGCCAACGGCACCCCAGUCAAGGCAGCCAAGCCAAAGUCAAUCUGCGCCUACUGCCGCAAAGAACUCGACAACACCAACCUCAAGAUCCUCGAACAGCACGCCGACACCCACAACGACCAGUGGCCCAAGGAGAAGUGCUGGCCAAACGAGUUCAAAUGA